AUGUUAUUAGGAUUAUUAGGAUGUAUUGUUUUAUGUUUCAUGUUACCUAUUAAUAUUUUAUUAAGUGAUACAUGUAAUAAUUUAGAAAAUUAUAUAAUUGAAAGUGUUGAUUCAUAUGGUAUUAAUGCUACUUUAAAAUUUGAAGCUUCUUUUUAUAAAUAUAAUAUUUCAUUUAAUACUGAUUUACAUGGUUUAUCACAAACUUAUUUACUUGAUUGUAAAAAUGAUCAAAUUUCAGAUUUAUUAUCUUCUAUUAAAUUUAUUGUUGAUGAUUCUCCUAAUUUAGUUUCUAGUUUAAUUUCUUCAUUAGGUACAAAUGUUAAAAUUAGACCUGCUCUUGUUAAAUCUAUACAAGAUACUAUUUAUUCUUUAAUGAAUAAUUUAUAUACUAGUUUAAUGCAAGUUGCAUCUCUAGUCACUUGUAAAACUUUAAAUACUAAAUAUGGUAAUAUUAAGAAUUUAGUAUGUCAAGAUGGUUCUUAUUUCAUUUCAACAUUUUGGUUUUUAUUUGCAUUACUUACAUUUUUAAUUUUAAUUAAUAUUGCAGUGUAUAUUACCAUUUAUGUUGUAUUUAGAUAUUUCUGGUAUGAUACUAAAAUUGUUGUAAAAUCAAAUAUAUUAUCAAGUGCAGAUAGAAGUGUUAUAUUAGGAAAUGAACAUAGAAUUCAUCAUCAUCAUGUAGUUGGUCCAACACAUCAUUCACAUCACUCCCAUACAUCACAUCAAAAUAAGAAUAUUGUUAGAAGAGUACAAAAUGUCGUCAUUGAAAAGGAAUUGAGAGAUUCAACAGGUGGUAUUAUUUUAGAAGAUAUUUAA